AGAAAACAACAUUUUUGAAAAAAUAACUACCAAGUGUUAAUCUUUUUCGCAUCCCUACUAAUAUAUCGCUUGGAGUGAAUUUCUGAUACUACCGGGAAGGUGGCUGAGAACCUGCCAUUCCCUUUUGUGCAUUUCUUCUUUUUCCCUCAGGUGGGAGUCUAAGUGCCAAAAAGAAUUAUUGUAAUUGUGAAGGCCUUUUCAUUGUCAGAACAAUCAAUUAACACAAAGCAAAGCAAAAUAAAAAAUAUUUUUGGUUGAAAAAGCAUCUUCGCAUCAUUGAAAGAAUUACUAAGGAAGCAUCCCCUGAACUAGCUUCCAGGCUUCUGUCCGUCCUGAACAUCACUGCCCAUCUCUUUACGUACACUCCACCCACAGACCCUGAGUGUGCCCAUACUUCCUUCAGGUUGAAGUCCAAACCCUUGGCCACAGACUGUGUGCUUACUGCGACCAAGCAGGGCGUCAAGUCACAGAGACUGAGGAAAAGCCCGGCCCUCAGAUGCUGGCAGGCUGGAGUGCUCCUCUGGAAGCUCCUUCAGGGUGUGGUGGUCACUUCCCAGAAGGAGAGUUCGGUUUUGCACGGGAAUGUGUGUUUAGUCACUUUUCCCUUUAUGUUUUCGGCACUUUCAUUUGGACCCUUGGAUGCCCAUUGAGCAGAUGCUUGAGACCUGCAAAUAAUCUUCAGAUCGUAGCAGAAGCAUAAGGCCUGUCCUUUGUGUGGGGAGGAGACAGCCCAUGCUCCGUGGAAAUGAACGGGGAGCAGCAGCUUGAUGCAGAUGCUGGCUCUGGCGUGGAAGAAGUGGAAUUAAGCUGGGAAGAUUAUCUAGAAGAGACAGGGUCCACUGCAGUUCCCUACGGAUCUUUUAAACAUGUGGACACACGUUUGCAAAAUGGCUUUGCUCCUGGGAUGAAACUGGAGGUGGCUGUGAAAACAGACCCUGAAACCUACUGGGUUGCCACCAUCAUCACCACUUGUGAGCAGUUGCUGCUUCUCCGCUACGAUGGUUACGGCGAGGACCGGAGGGCCGACUUCUGGUGUGACAUCAGGAAGGCUGACCUCUACCCCAUUGGGUGGUGUGAGCAGAAUAAGAAGACCCUUGAAGCCCCAGAAGGCAUCAGAGAUAAAGUGUCUGAUUGGGAUGAGUUUCUGCAGCAGACCCUGAUGGGAGCGUGUAGCCCUCCUGUUCCGCUGCUAGAAGGCCUCCGCAAUGGGAGGAAUCCUUUAGAUCUCAUCGCUCCAGGCUCCAGGCUCGAAUGCCAAGCUUUCCGGGACUCGUUAAGCACUUGGAUUGUUACCGUAGUAGAAAACAUUGGGGGACGGCUGAAGCUGCGUUAUGAAGGACUUGAAAGCUCUGACAAUUUUGAGCACUGGUUGUAUUACUUGGAUCCAUUUCUUCAUCACGCUGGUUGGGCUGCUCAACAAGGAUAUGAGCUUCAGCCCCCAUUAGCCAUCCGGCAUCUGAAAAAUGAAGCUGAGUGGCAAGAGAUCUUGGCCAAAGUGAAAGAGGAGGAGGAAGAGCCAUUACCAUCAUACUUAUUUAAGGACAAACAAGUGAUUAGCACUCAUUCGUUCUCUGUAAAUAUGAAGUUGGAAGCUGUGGACCCCUGGUCUCCUUUUGGGAUCUCUCCUGCUACAGUUGUUAAGGUUUUUGAUGAGAAGUACUUCCUGGUGGAAAUGGAUGAUCUGCGACCAGAGAAUCAUUCACGACAAUCUUUCGUGUGUCAUGCUGACAGUCCUGGUAUUUUCCCUGUGCAGUGGAGUCUGAAGAAUGGUUUACACAUCAGCCCCCCUCCUGGCUACGCGGGCCAGGACUUCGAUUGGGCCGACUACCUCAAACAGUGUGGUGCUGAAGCUGCUCCCCAGAGGUGCUUUCCUCCGUCCAUUUCUGAGCAUGAAUUUAAGGAGAAUAUGAAGCUUGAGGCAGUGAACCCUCUUCUCCCCGAAGAAGUGUGCGUUGCCACCAUUACUGCAGUGAGAGGCUCCUACCUGUGGCUCCAGCUGGAGGGUUCUAAGAAGCCCGUACCUGAAUGUAUUGUGAGUGUGGAAUCCAUGGAUAUAUUUCCUUUGGGCUGGUGUGAAACCAAUGGCCAUCCCCUCAGCGCCCCUCGCCGAGCACGAGUACACAAACAGAGGAAAAUUGCAGUGGUUCAACCAGAAAAACAAAUACCAUCCUCCAGGACUGUCCAUGAGGGCCUGAAGAAUCAGGAGCUGAACUCCGCAGACUCAGUUAUGAUUAAUGGAAAAUACUGCUGUCCAAAGAUAUAUUUCAACCACCGUUGCUUCUCAGGGCCAUAUCUUAACAAAGGAAGAAUCGCUGAGCUGCCUCAGUGUGUAGGACCUGGGAACUGUGUUCUGGUCCUCAGAGAGGUCCUCACUUUACUUAUCAAUGCAGCCUAUAAACCCAGUCGUGUCCUUCGGGAGCUGCAGCUAGACAAAGACUCCGUGUGGCAUGGAUGUGGGGAGGUACUAAAAGCCAAAUACAAAGGAAAGAGUUACCGGGCUACUGUUGAGGUAGUGAAGACGGCGGAUCGCGUGACUGAGUUCUGCCGGCAAACUUGCAUCAAACUGGAGUGCUGUCCUAAUCUCUUCGGCCCAAGGAUGGUUCUGGACAAGUGUUCUGAGAACUGCUCUGUGCUUACAAAGACCAAAUACACCCACUAUUAUGGAAAGAAGAAAAAUAAAAGAAUUGGGAGGCCACCUGGUGGGCAUAGCAACUUAGCAUGUGCCCUGAAAAAAGCCAGUAAGAGGAGGAAGAGGCGGAAAAAUGUCUUUGUCCAUAAGAAGAAGCGCUCCUCUGCAUCUGUUGAUAACAGCCCAGCGGGCUCACCCCAGGGAAGUGGGGGUGAAGAUGAGGAUGACCCAGAUGAAGGGGAUGACGAUUCCCUGAGUGAGGGCAGUACAUCGGAGCAACAGGACGAGCUACAGGAAGAGUCAGAAAUGUCAGAAAAAAAGUCGUGCUCUUCCUCUCCCACCCAAAGUGAGAUCUCUACAUCACUGCCUCCAGACAGACAACGGAGAAAAAGAGAGCUUCGCACUUUUUCAUUUUCUGAUGAUGAGAAUAAACCACCUUCGCCAAAGGAAAUAAGGAUUGAAGUUUCCGAGAGGCUCCACCUGGACAGUAACCCCCUCAAGUGGAGUGUGGCGGACGUUGUCCGGUUCAUCAGAUCCACCGACUGUGCUCCGCUAGCGAGAAUAUUUCUAGACCAGGAAAUUGACGGGCAGGCCCUGUUGCUCCUUACCCUUCCCACUGUUCAAGAGUGCAUGGACUUAAAAUUGGGCCCCGCCAUCAAACUCUGCCACCACAUAGAGAGGAUCAAGUUUGCUUUCUAUGAGCAGUUUGCCAACUGAGAAGGACAACCACAGUGAGCUAUGUGUCUGUGAGGCUCAAAUGCCGCAAAUCCUCACUGCCCUGCAGGUGGAGCUGAAUCAGCCCUGGGGCUCUGGGCCCUGCAGGGGCGGCUUGCUCUCUUUGCACUUUCAGGGAAGGAGGACCCACGCUGAGGAAGCAGAAACUGCACAGAAGUGGCUCUCCUGCCGGUGGAACUGUGGGCAUCUCUCGGUCAGCAGAUUGCAGUUUUAACGAAAGAAGGGCUGUGAAGAGAAGACUCCUGUGAGAAGACUAAGCAUUUCCAGCGGUGCGGCCUGAAAACGAAGAGCAGUCUCGGCUGCCGGAGAGCACCCUUGUGGUGGUCGUCUUUUUGUUCUGUUCCUUCCCAUUGUAGAUUGAACUCUGUUCUCUGCUUUCCCUUUCUUGGAAAGAGAGGACAUAGCUUUAAGUCAGCACUGAUUUGGGACCGUGCCUAAGGCACAUCAGUGCUUCAUUGUCAUUGUGUUUUUAAGCUUUUUUAAAUUAAAACAGUUCAUUUUGGGGAUGAUUACAUGGCUCUAGGGUUUUGAAUGUACAGUCACACUUUGAUCCAUUUUAAAAUCUAUUCUUAGGAGUUCCUUUGUUUACUACCUCUGUUGAUGAUUGAGCUUACAGCCAUGUAUAAGGUUUUUUGUAUGAUGCCAUUUUUAAGCUACAUGAACACUAAAACUAUGACAGAAGCUGGAGGGGAAACAAACACAAAAACAAAAAACAGUUUGCUUUCUUCAAAAUAUCAUGUGAGCACUUACACCAGUUCCUGGCCUGAUCUGAGAACCUCGCUGUCAUUGGUUCCCGUCUGGACCCAGCAUGGGCUCCCUGUUUUAGGUGGUCUCUCAAAGACUAUGGGUAUUUCUGUUUAGUUGCUCUCUCCCCAUCAGUCUUCAGAGGGACUUCAGUGGCUCUUAUUUUAUUUACUUUCCUCUGCAGUUGUCUGUUUCAUUUCAAGAGUCCUCACUUUGGGUGAAAAUUAGUCGGUGGUCCUUGGACCCACAGGAAAACCCAUUUCCCCUUCUUUCUCAGUGUCUCCAGGCGGAGAGAGUAGAAGCACAACAGAGAAAACAUUUUGGGGGUGAUGCAGAGCACGGAGUUUCUGUGACAGUGCGUCCUCGUGUCCUCAGUGGCUGCAUAAGGAUUGAGAGGUGGUUAAGGAUUCUGGAAACCUCUUGGCCUAGUCACAUUCACAUGUCCUCUUGGUGAAACCUUUAAAGUGAAUGUAAUCUACAGUCUGAGGAUUCCCACUCAACAGCUCAACAACUUGGUUUGCUUUUAGGUGUUUCUUUUGGCCCAGCUCAGGUUAACAUGAAACUACAGGCAAAUUUUCACUUAGGAUUGCACUGCUAGCUACUAGAGAACAGUAGCAUUUGCUGUGCUGUUCCAGCCGGGAGGAAUGAGGAAAGAUGCACGCGUAGAUUGCUUCCUUUAAAUGGUUUGCAUUGCUGAGUGUUUGGGUUUUUGGUUUUUGGUUUUGUUUUUUGUUUUUAAUUAUCCUAGUUACCUGCAAAUUUAUAACUUAAUUAUUCAUCGUCAGGAUUUGAAAAUGCUUUAAAACUACAAACUUGGUGACUUCUAAACAGCUAUACAAAUAUAAGGUGGUAGUAUUACAAAUUUAAACCGAUUGUAGAUUUUUCCCUCUUAUCCCCCUCUCCUGCUCCCACCAGUUUAUGGACCUUGGCAGACAUUCUGUGGUCUGCAGCCUCUCUUCAUUGGAUUAUUUAUGAACCACCUUAACUCAAGCGCUCCAACCAAACCGUAUAUUAAAGCAUCAAUUCUUUGCUUAGGUUACUACCAGAUAGA